UUCAGGUCCCACUGUAGGGCAAGAUUGGACACGGAAACCAAGAGGAGAGAUGGCUGAAAGAUAAAGCGAAUAUCCCAUUCUAAUUACACACAAAAUAUACAGUACCCAUACUCCAGAUUGAUAAGACAUAUGUCCAGGGGGCAUUGUUAUAUAAUUUUGAGAAAAGUGACAUCAAAACAGAACAGUUCCAUAUCUCAUAAUAAGCUGUUAAUUGCAGGCAAUAAUGGCAAAUAUUACAAUCCCACCAACAACGGACACCCCAACUUACGAUUACACAUUUAAUUUUUAUUUCAAUUUUUUGUUUGGUCUCACAAGUCGUACUUUUGGGGUCGCUGGUAACAUUUUAAACAUCAUUGUACUAACCAGACCAAAAAUGAAAAAUCCCAAUACUCUGAUCCUAACUUGGAUGGCAGUGGCGGAUCUGUGUAAUCUUCUUAUUGGCCUGCCCAAGUUUGUGUGGCAAGCAAACGAAUCAUCAUUUGCUCCUUCAAAGAAAACUGAUCUUGGUUUCAACAUCUAUUUCAAAUUCAUUAUUUUGACGUUUGCGUAUGUUUUUAUCAUGGCAAUGAAUUGGUUGACUGUUUUGCUGACUGCCUUUCGGUAUAUCGCAGUUUGUUGGCCAACAAAGGUUACUACAUGGAGUUCCUCCAAGCGUACCAAAAUAAGCAUUGGGCUGAUUUAUCUUAUCAGUUUGCUUGUGUUCGGUGAGAAUCUGCUCAACAACGCAGUUGGGCCAAAGAAUAAGAAUGGUAAGAUAGUCAUGGAUAUCAUCAAAGGACCAUUGAACAGUCCUGUUUACAAUAUUGUAUACAACUCAUUUCAAACAGGGGUAGGACUUUUCUUGCCUUGUAUAAUUUGUAUCAUUCUUACGAUUAGGGUCAUUGUAGGGGUAAGGCAGGCUAAUAAUAAAAUUGCGGCUAUGACGGUUCAAGGGGUCAAAGCUGAUGUUGAAAAUGAGAUGAUGAUAAAGCGUAAGAAACAAGAGAAUCAAAUGACGGCACUCUUGCUUUUGAUUGUAUUUGUCUACGUCAUAUGUGACGUAAUGCUAUGUAUACGGUACAUCAUUAGGUCGACGUUAGGUUUGAAGAAAUAUUACAAUUACUUGAAUGGGUAUGAGGUGUUCGAUUCUAUUUCUACAUAUCUUAUCACAUUUAAUAGUUCUAUCAAUUUUGUUCUCUACUCGGCAGCUAAUAAGCAAUUCAGGAAAAUAUGUUUUAAAACAUUUUGCUGCAAAUCAACAUCUCAUAUUUCCGAAGGAAAUAGUACAAACAAGACUCACCCAAAUACAAAUGAUGUUAGAACAGCCGUAUCAGCAACUUGAAUCAGAUUUGAAAAGGGCAAUGACAUUCAAGCUACUUUUUAGAUAUGGACAUUGUUAAAUGUUAAUACUUUGUAUUUUCAUUAUAUUAUCUUUAACAUGGUUUUAGUGUUUGAAUUGAUUUUUAAGUAAUAGGUAUAUUAAUUUCAUUGCAAUAUUUCAUAUAUUAUAUAAUACACAUCACCGGCAUAUCGCCUUUUGGCAUUUCAUGUCCGUUUUCAACUACACCUUUGCUUAUCAGAAAAAUUAAAA